AUGGGAGUAAGAGCAAGUAGGUUGACUAAGUUGGUCGGAGAUAGAAGGUUUAAGCAAGUCGGAUUUACUCCAUUGACGCCGAAAGGUUACGUGCCAUUAUGCGUAGGGGUCAACAAUGAUAUGAGGCGGUUCAUCGUACAUAGGGAGACAUUAUGUGACAAAGAUUUCUCGGAGAUGCUAAGUAAUUCGGCCGAAGAAUACGGUUUUUGCAACGAAGGAGUUUUGAGGAUUCGUUGCGAAGUGAAGGAUUUCGAAGAGUGCAUCAUGAGAAGGACGAAAUGGAAAAUUGUUCGUGUUACUUGA